AUUCAGGCUUGAAUUCCAUUUCAGCACUAAUCCCUUCUUUGAAAACCCUGUCUUGACCAAGACGUAUCACAUGACUGAUGAAGAUGGAUUCUUUAUAGAAUGCGCAAUAGGGACAGAGAUUAAAUGGCGUCCGGGAAAAUGCUUGACACAUAAGCUCGCCAAGGAAUCUGGGAAGGGAUCAAAGAAAGUCGAACCAAUGACUAUUGAGAGCUUCUUUGGCUUUUUCAGUCCACCUAACAUCCCAAAGAACCUGAAAGAUGAGAAAAAUCUUGUUGAGGUCAUAAAUCAGAAAUACGAUAUGGAAAUGGAUUUUUGCUUGGGGUUGACCAUUCGAGAUCAGAUCAUCCCAUGCGCCGUUACACAGUUUACAGGAAAGGCUGCACUGGAGGAUAAGACCAAAAUAUCUGCGCAGCACUCCAAUUUCCUUGACAAUCUAGGAAAAAAUGCCAGAAAAUGUGUUGAAAGUCUUAGACUAAUCCAGGAAAAACUUGAUGCAUUGACAGCAGAAUUUGACGAGAAUACAGCAUCAGUUCAAGCAAAAUAUCUUCAAUCAUGUGAACAUUUGUAUCUACAGCGACACAAUAUCGUAAAUGAUCCUGAAGCAGAUGGAGUUGGCAGUGAUUAUGAAGAUGAAGCAUAUAUAUAUGGGAAAGGGGUGCCUUACUUCUGGCUCAAUGCUUUGCAAAACAAUGACUACAUAGAAAAUGAGAUUACUUAUCGUGAUGAACAAGCUCUAAAGUAUCUUAAAGACAUCAAGUCUUCCCCCAUUGAUGACUCCGAGGGCUUCAAACUUGACUUCUGCUUUAAAGCCAAUCCCUUCUUUGAAAAUUCUGUCUUGACCAAGACAUUCCUCAUGAGUGUUGAGAAUGAUAUAUCCCUAGUGAAAGAUAUAAAAGGGACUGAGAUUGAAUGGUAUCCGGCAAGAUGCUUGACAACGAUACCUAUUAAGAAGAAACCUGAGACACAAUCAGAGGAUGCGAAAUCGAUCACUGUAACUGAAGAUUGUGACAGUUUCUUCUCUCUUUUUGGUGCACUUGAAGUGGUAGAUGAUAACUUCAAGCGUUCACGUCAGGCGGAACAUGAUUUUCAUAUUGGGUUAAUUAUCCGAGAUCAGAUUAUUCCCCAUGCAGUUUCUUGGUUUACAGGGGAGGCUAUUGAGAACAGAGAUGACUUACAAGACGAUGAAGACCAAGACCAGUACCUUGGAUUUGAAGCAGAAUAUUAUGAUGAUAACGAAGAUGGCGAUGAUGAGUACGAAGACCUUGACCAUGGAUUAGGCUCUGAUGGAGACGACUCUGAUGAAGAAUACAUUGAUAAUUACAAUAGAACAUACAAUUAUUAUUAAGUCAUCAUAGAUGAAACCGAACAAAGUUAAAGAUUUCGAAACCCAGAGUGAGCAUGUUUGGUAUUUUAGUAUAUGGCAAGACAAGCUAGUAGCUUGUUGGCAGUUUAAGAAUGUUUUGAGAUGCCCACAUAUAUAUCAUGAGUUCAUGACUACAUUACAUUAAU